CACUGCGGAGUGUCUUCUCUACUUUUGAAGUGAGUGUAAGCUUUAACUCAGUAAAUCACCACUUAUACAGCCGGGCACAUUGCCUCCGAGACGCUCCGGCUCUCUGCAUGGAGACACGUUACUGCUGUUGCUGCAAAAUGAGGGUGCUGUGUUUGAACUUUGCCAUCACCUGUCUGUGGCUUCUCCCUUCAGCGGUCCAAGAAACAGCCAAGCCCUUGGACUUUCAGAGCCAACAAUGGAGAGAGGAUGAAGGAGGGACAGGAGACACUGUCGGAGCUUUGAAAGUUAAACAUAUCUUCAAAGACUUACAGAUCAUCUCCACAAAACAGAAAACACCUGCUUAUGGUUCUCUCGGCCCAUAUGGGUGGCCUCAGAACUUCUCCCAAGCCCUUGACCAGUAUCUGUACCGCCCUCCUCCUAAAUCCAAACCUCCUGCGAAAACAUCCACAAAGGCGAAGAAGAUCCUGGGCUGGGGAGAUUUUUACUUCAAUGUGAAAACAUUAAAGUUCAGCCUCCUGGUGACGGGAAAAAUCGUGGACCACAUUAAUGGCACGUUCAGCGUUUACUUCCGCCACAACUCGUCUCGUCUGGGGAACAUAUCCGUCAGCAUCGUCCCACCCUCCAAAGCCGUAGGAUGGGAGGUUUUGGAUCCAGCAGCUCAGAGUGAUCAAACCAAAAACUCAGUCCUGGUUCCAGAUCUGACAUCCCAGUUCCAGAGCCCACCUCAGUCCACCAGCUCCACUCCUCCAGACCAGCAGAAGCACCAGCAGGACAUGAUGAUGGUGACCGAACUCAACUGCCGGAUUGAAUACCAGAGAACCAACCGCUCCAAGAAGACCAAGCCCUGCAUGUACGACCCGGGGCAGACCUGCUACUCAGAAAACACCCAGUCCCAGGCAGCCUGGAUCUGCGCCAAACCCUUUAAGGUUAUAUGCAUCUUCAUCGCCUUCACUGGCACCGAUUACAGGCUGGUGCAGAAAGUCUGUCCGGACCACAACUUUCAGACAGAGCAGAACCAGCAGCACUUCGGAUGACAGAUUCUGGGAUUUCAUGCGUCUGUCAAAGUCAUGUAUUCAUUUUGCAAAAUAGGUUCGAGACUGACUGUUUUUUUAUACGCUGUUGCAAACAACAUGUCAAUGAGUGCACUUGUGUUAAUGUGUUCAUGAGAUUUAUGAGGUUUAUAACGUGAGCUUUGUGUUGUCUGAACUCAUCUGCUGAAAGCUCUGCAUUGUCUUAAAAAAAUGCUUAAUUAACCGUAUCACUUUGUGUGUAGUGUUUUCUGGUUUUCUUAAUAUGCGUUGAUAGAAGGAAAGACUUGAAAUCCAUAAUUUGAUAUUUACAUUUGAAAAAAAAAAAAAAGAUUUGUUAGCU